GUCCGACACUCCAAGCUGCAGCGGAUGUCCGCGGCAGUCUUGCCGGCACGCCCCUUCUCACUUCCCCCCCGGGCCCGCCGCCGAUCCUCGACCUGGACGCCGUCUGCGUGGGCUGCACGGAGGGCAUCGCCGGCGGCGCGCUCUUCGGGCUGCCCGACGGCGAGGUGGCCCAGGUGUGGCGGGAGGCGCUGCAGGGCACGGGGCCCGCGGGGUCCAGGGCGCCGCUCGCGGCCCACUUCAAGAGGAUCCUGUUCACGUCGGCGGGGGACCAGCCCGCGUUCGCGAGGCAGACCGCGAAGGUGCUCCGCGAAGCGCUCGGCGACUCGCUGCUGACGCCGCAGGGCUGCACCGGCCCGAAGGUGCGAGGCAACUGGGCGUGGUCGAGGUAG